AACUGCAUGUGAAAGCUGACAUUGAAACCAUUAAUAUUUGCAGCGAGGAGCAGAGUAAGGCUUUGUGGUGUGCUGUGAGUUCCUGAUGUUCCCAUAAAACAAUGUUUUUCAGCCAUAUGAAAUAGAGUAUUAAACAAAAAUAUGUGACGAAAGGAAAACUUUAUUUCUGUGGGUACAAAAUGGCAUGUUGCUCUGAUUUUGUUGGCAAACUUUAAAGCUUUUGAUUUAAACAGCUUGAAAGAAUUUGGGUGCUGCUCACUGACCUUCAGAGAUCACAGCCUACUGAGGAGGAGCAGCACAGAGCCAGGUGGAAAGGUUUACACAUACAAAUCACUGCUUGAAGAGCUUGAAGUACAAAGUUACCCCAAGACUUAAAAAUGCCUCCACGGCCAUCAUCUGGUGAACUAUGGGGCAUCCACUUGAUGCCCCCCAGGAUCCUGGUGGAGUGUCUCCUCCCCAAUGGAAUGAUAGUGACUCUAGAAUGCCUCCGUGAGGCCACCUUACUGACUAUUAAACAUGAACUCUUUAAAGAAGCAAGGAAGUACCCUCUCUAUCAGCUCCUUCAAGAUGAAUCUUCUUACAUUUUUGUAAGUGUUACACAGGAAGCAGAGAGAGAAGAGUUUUUCGAUGAAACACGGAGACUUUGUGACCUGCGACUGUUCCAGCCUUUCCUGAAAGUUAUUGAACCAGUAGGUAACAGAGAAGAAAAGAUUCUUAAUAGAGAAAUAGGUUUUGCUAUUGGCAUGCCUGUCUGUGAGUUUGACAUGGUCAAGGAUCCAGAAGUACAAGACUUCAGAAGAAACAUUCUGAACGUGUGUAAAGAAGCCGUGGAUCUGCGAGAUGCCAAUGCCCCACACAGCAGAGCACUCUAUGUCUAUCCUCCAAAUGUAGAGUCCUCAGCUGAACUCCCCAAACACAUAUACAACAAACUAGACAAAGGGCAAAUUAUAGUGGUGAUUUGGGUAAUAGUCUCACCAAACAAUGAUAAGCAGAAAUACACCUUAAAAAUCAAUCAUGACUGUGUGCCUGAGCAAGUUAUUGCUGAAGCAAUUAGGAAGAAAACUCGAAGUAUGUUGCUGUCAUCUGAACAACUGAAACUUUGUGUCUUGGAGUACCAGGGCAAAUAUAUUUUAAAAGUCUGUGGCUGUGAUGAAUACUUGCUAGAAAAAUGUCCACUGAGCCAGUAUAAGUACAUCAGGAGCUGCAUCAUGCUUGGCCGCAUGCCCAACCUGAUGCUGAUGGCCAAGGAGAGCCUGUACACACAGCUGCCCCUGGACACCUUCACCAUGCCCUCCUACUCCAGGCGCAUCUCCACCGCCACGCCCUACAUGAACGGAGAGGCCACCACCAAAUCCCUCUGGACUAUCAACAGUGCCCUCAGAAUAAGGAUCCUCUGUGCUACCUAUGUGAAUGUGAACAUUAGAGACAUAGACAAGAUCUAUGUUAGGACAGGUAUCUACCAUGGAGGAGAACCUUUGUGUGACAAUGUGAAUACUCAGAGGGUACCUUGUUCUAAUCCCAGGUGGAAUGAGUGGCUGCUGUAUGACAUGUACAUUCCUGACCUGCCCCGCGCUGCCCGGCUCUGCCUGUCCAUCUGCUCCGUCAAAGGCCGGAAGGGGGCUAAGGAGGAGCACUGUCCAUUGGCUUGGGGAAAUAUAAACAUGUUCGAUUACACAGACACUCUGGUAUCUGGGAAAAUGGCUUUGAAUCUUUGGGCAGUACCUCAUGGGCUGGAGGAUUUGUUGAAUCCUAUUGGUGUUACUGGAUCAAAUCCAAAUAAGGAAACUCCAUGCUUAGAGCUGGAAUUUGAUUGGUUUAGCAACCCUGUGAAGUUUCCAGAUAUGACAGUGAUUGAAGAACAUGCAAAUUGGACAAUUUCACGGGAACUGGGAUUCAACUACAGCUAUGCAGGGCAGAGUAACAGAAUAGCUCGGGAUAGUGAAUUAACAGAGAGUGACAAGGAGCAACUGCGAGCCAUUUGUACCCGAGACCCCUUGUCUGAAAUCACUGAGCAAGAGAAGGACUUCCUCUGGAGACACAGACACUAUUGUGUGAAUACUCCAGAAAUUCUACCCAAAUUACUUUUGUCUGUCAAGUGGAAUUCUAGAGAUGAAGUGGCCCAGAUGUACUGCUUGGUAAAGGAUUGGCCCUCAAUCAAGCCAGAGCAGGCCAUGGAGCUGCUGGACUGCAAUUACCCAGACCCCAUGGUGCGAGCUUUCGCAGUUCGGUGUCUGGAGAAGUCCCUGACAGAUGACAAACUGUCUCAGUACCUAAUCCAGCUGGUACAGGUUCUGAAAUAUGAGCAGUAUUUAGAUAACCAGCUUGUGAGAUUUUUACUCAAGAAGGCACUGACCAAUCAAAGGAUAGGACACUUCUUCUUUUGGCAUUUAAAGUCUGAAAUGCACAACAAAACUGUCAGUCAGAGGUUUGGUUUACUUCUGGAGUCCUACUGUCGAGCUUGUGGAAUGUACCUGAAGCACCUGAGCAGGCAGGUGGAGGCCAUGGAGAAGUUGAUUAACCUCACAGAUAUUCUCAAGCAGGAAAAGAAGGAUGAGACCCAGAAGGUACAGAUGAAGUUUCUUGUUGAACAAAUGAGACGGCCAGAUUUCAUGGACGCCUUGCAAGGUUUUAUCUCUCCUCUUAAUCCUGCCCAUCAACUGGGAAACCUUCGGCUUGAGGAGUGCAGGAUAAUGUCAUCUGCAAAAAGGCCGCUGUGGUUGAACUGGGAAAACCCAGAUAUUAUGUCUGAAUUGUUAUUUCAGAACAAUGAGAUAAUAUUUAAAAAUGGAGAUGACUUGCGUCAGGACAUGCUGACACUUCAGAUAAUUCGAAUUAUGGAAAACAUCUGGCAAAAUCAGGGUCUUGAUCUUCGGAUGUUGCCCUAUGGUUGUUUGUCGAUCGGGGACUGCGUGGGACUCAUCGAGGUGGUCAGGAGCUCUCACACCAUCAUGCAGAUUCAGUGUAAAGGAGGCUUAAAAGGAGCACUGCAGUUCAACAGCCAUACAUUGCACCAGUGGCUCAAGGACAAGAACAAAGGAGACAUGUAUGAUGCAGCUAUUGACCUGUUUACACGUUCUUGUGCUGGCUACUGUGUUGCCACCUUUAUCCUGGGCAUUGGUGAUCGCCACAACAGUAACAUCAUGGUCAAAGAUGAUGGACAGCUGUUUCACAUUGACUUUGGGCACUUCCUCGAUCACAAGAAGAAAAAAUUUGGUUACAAAAGAGAGCGUGUGCCAUUUGUCUUAACACAAGACUUCUUAAUAGUGAUUAGUAAAGGAGCCCAAGAAUGUACCAAAACGAGGGAGUUUGAAAGGUUUCAGGAGAUGUGCUAUAAGGCUUACCUAGCAAUUCGGCAGCAUGCCAAUCUCUUCAUCAAUCUUUUCUCCAUGAUGCUUGGCUCAGGAAUGCCAGAACUGCAGUCCUUUGAUGAUAUUGCAUACAUUCGAAAGACCCUUGCAUUGGACAAAACUGAGCAGGAGGCUCUUGAAUACUUCAUGAAGCAAAUGAAUGAUGCUCACCAUGGUGGCUGGACAACAAAAAUGGACUGGAUCUUCCACACAAUAAAGCAACACGCUUUGAACUGAACUGACAGCAAAGAAAACAAGAACUGAUACCCAGCUUUGUGGGUACUGCACUGUUAAUACCCGUUAGCAGCAAAGACUGGUUGCAUAGGAAUUGCACAAACCAUGAACAACAUUAGAAUUUAUGGCAAGAAAAGAGAUGAAUUGUUCAGACAACUGUUGGAAAAUAAUGUAAAACAGGGUUUCAGAUAGCACUAAAAUUAAUACACUUCAAAAAUUAAGCUUUAGUACGAUGUGUGCAGGGACCUCGACAAAUGAGAGAGAUGGGCAAUCACCAAGGGUAUGAAGUUUAAAAAGGGCAAGUGCCAGAUUCUGCACCUGCCAUGGGGCAGUCCUGGUUGUGUGUAUGGACUGGGGAAUGAGAGGCUGGGCAGCAGCUGUGGAAAGGGACCUGGGGGUCCUGGUCGAUGGCAAGUUGAACAUGAGCCAUCAGUGCCCUGCAGCCAGGAGGGCCACCUGUGUCCUGGGGGCAUCAGGCACAGCACGGCCACCUGGGCAAGGGAGGGCAUUGGCCCGCUCUGCUUCGCACUGGGGUGCCCUCACCUUGAAUAUUGUGGGCAGUUUUGGGUGCCACAGUCUAAAAAGAUAUUAAGCUAUUGGAGAGUGUCCACAGGAGGGCCACAAGGAUGGUGAGGGGUCUGGAGGGGAAGCUGUAUGGGGAGCAGCUGAGGUCACUUGGUCUGGUCAGCCUGGAGAAGAGGAGACAGCUCAGACUUCAUCGAGGUCUGCACCUUCCUCACGAGGGGAAGUGGAGGGGCAGGUACCAAUCUCCUCUCUCCGGUGACCAGUGACAGGACUUGAGGAAAUGGCAUGGAGUGGAGUCAGGGGAGGUUUAGGUUGGAUAUUACAAAAAGGUUUUUCACCCAGAGGGUGGUUGGGCACUGAACAGGCUCCCAGGGAAGUGGUCACAGCCCUGAGCCUGACAGAGUUCAAGGAGUGUUUGGACAAGGCUCUCAGGCACAGGGUGUGAUUCCUGGGGUGUCUGUGCAGGGCCAGGAGUUGGACUCAGUGAUCCUUGUGGGUCCCUUCCAACUCAGCGUAUUCUAUGAUUCGAUGAUUCAUGUUAUGCCUUAAGCUCAAAAAGGUAAACUUGGAAGAAUGUUUCCUUUUCUCAUUUGAUAGGAUAAAUUAGAAGGAAAAUAAAAUAGUGCUAGUGUGAGCGUAAGAGUCCAUCACAUCUUACCUUAGAUCUGGUACAGCAGGUGGAGACUAUGCUAGAUUGUGAAGAAUGGAAAGAGAAUUCAAGUGAUAGCAAAUACUUAAAUGCAGCAUAGUUUAAAGAGAAGGAGUUUGAAGCUCAAAGAUCUAAAAACAUUAGUGAGAGGACAGUGCCUUUUAAAUGUGCUCAGAGGCAUUAACAUUUGUGGGGUUUGGGUAGCCCUUUGAUUUCUGGGUCCGUCAUCUGCACAGUUUCUGAAAGCAGUAGGAAAUAGGCCCACUCAGUAUGGUGUUUCUUCUGCUCAGUAUUUCUAGGGGUGCAAUUCAUACUUUCACAAAGAAACUCCCUAUCAUCCCCAAAAACUGACUAACCUGGAAAUUGAAUGGUCAGAAUUGGGUUUAGUGCAACAGAGAGCUGUAGUGUUCAUCUUAGGUUUGUUUUAAUCUAACUUGAACUGAAUAGAUUUUUUUCAUACAUGUUUUCCAGAACCUAAAGAAAGGUGAGUUAUUAAAAUUAUUGAAAGAUUAUUUUUUUAUAAAGGCUAUUUAUAUAAUAGGAACUAUUAUUAAUAUAUAUUCUUUAUUUACAUGAUUUGUCCAAUAUUAACUCUCUUAAUUUUGCAACCCAGUUCUAUCUGUCCAAGACUCCCGUUUUCAUUAAUGUCACUGAAGGUGACCAGACAUACUCCUAGGACCAAAUUCAGCCCUAGUGAAAGAGGACACAAGUACCAGUGAACUAGUGGGAAUAUACCCAUUAAAGCCAAAAGUGAACUUGGCCUAAGUCUCUGAAAAAUUUUUGGGAAUCAGUCUUCACAUUACUGAAAUGGUAUGCUGGCUAUUUCAAGAAUGCUCAUUUAAACCCUCAAAAUUUGGGUCUACCAUUUCUCCUCUUUCUUCCUCCUGUGGAAGUGGUUGUUGAAUCCAGUAAGAUACAUCAGAAAUAGUAAUUUAGAUCUUCAAUAUGAUCAAUAAUUAGCAGUUCAGCAGACAGAUAUUUUGGCUAGCUCAAAGCAUGUGGAGUUACCAAACAUUUUAUAGCUUUGUCUGUUUUGUGCGUGUGUGUAAUAUAUAUUUGUAAAUCUAGUUGUUGUCCUUUAACACAAUUACAAUGUGUGCAAUCAAUGAAAUUGGCACCACGUUUUGAAACUGUUCAGAGUACCGAGGAUUUCAGAUUGCCCUUAUGCACAACUUCAGGUAGGACUGGUUUUCUAAUUCAUAAACAGGUUUUUUUUUAAAGUUAGCAAAGCCCAUAAUAGUUCUGCGGAUGAUGUUCACCCUCAUUUUAAACUUGCUAGAUUGGCAGCACUUGAAUUCCAAAGGUUUGGGGCUUUUGGGGGUUCAGCUUGUUCACUCGCAAACACGCACCGAGGUGCCACUCAGAAAGUGCAAUACCACGUGUAAUAUAAAAUAUGCUGACAGUUGGUGUUAGACUAGAAUAUAAGCAUAUAAAUAAACUGUACUUCGUGCAGGCUGUACUGAUGAGGUAAUGAGUGGUUGGCUUCAUUUAGCAAAUUGUAAUAUAUUAAAAAUGUGCAAUCAAUUACGUUAUGAAAGACUUUGGGGAUUGUAAAGCCAAGGCCUUGGUGUUUCAAGACACUUUCAAAGUCAGCAUCCUGCAGCUGAUUACUGCAUGCAUGGAUACUCGAUGUUGUGGGGGGAAACCCGGUUUUGUGAAAACUACAGGAGCUCUGAGAAUAGUAUGGGAAAUGUGAAGUUUUAUUUCCUUAAUUCUACGAAAUAUUUUGGAGUAGUCCAAUAGACUUCCCAUUGCUCUUUUUAUUGACUGUUACAUAUUCCUUUUUGUUCAUAUGAAUAUUUUAACUCCUGCUAAGCUUGGUUGUACUUUCUAGGGCAAAGUUACCCUUGUAUCUAUUACUUUUCAGUCAACAUACAAUAAUGGUUUAGCUCUCAAAAUGGGUUAGUUUCAGUUUAAGUUUAGUUCACAAAAUCUGAAACCCUGUUGGCUAUGAUUCUUAAUUUAACUGAGUAAAAGUGUUGCACAGACAUCACAUUAGGUGCUAUAUUAUCCAUAUUUAUCUGGUGUUGAAACAAUGCUUUACCUCGUUUAUGCAAGAAAUGGUCAGCCUUUUCCAGCCUGGGUGAAAAGAUCAACUCAAAUUUAUUGGAUGUUAUGAGGCCACAUUUAUUUGUACUUUGCCCCUUCCUAGCCCUUCUGUAAAUAUGAGUAUAAAUGUCUUUCAGUUCAAGCACAGUAUUCUGCUCCCUUUUUGCCCAGACAGAGGUGUGAGGAGUCAGGCUCUGUUUCUAGAAGUUACUGCAAUUAAAUGUUGUGCAUAAGCUGUGGAAGUUACUAUAAGAAUCAAAUAGUAAAAGAAAGGAAACCUCAGAGUGGUGCAGACAUAAUACAGUUUGGGGUAAUUGUAGCCUUUCAACAAAACUUUUUAACAAGUAGGAGAAGCUCCUGGGCUUUACCCAGUUCUUUGCAUAACCAGGAUGGGCAUUUGAAAAACAUUCUUCCAGUGUUUCACAGAAAACAACAAUCCUUUUCUCAGCUUCAAAGGGUUGAACCCUAAUUACUGUAUCCUGCCACAGCAGUUCCGUGCUGAUGUAACUUCACUGAGGAUAGAGGAGGCACUGUUUGCUUACCCUGGUGCAAAUGAGAGGAUGUCAUCUGCUCCCCGUAUCAGAGAGAAGAUCUGCUUACAGACUUGUAACUGAGUCCUAGAUUUUUACAGAAGUAGCCUGGAAUUCGGCUUAUUUUUAACUAUUCCCACUUCAUGGAGAUUUGAAAAUGCUCCCUUUGCUCUAGGAAUCAGAUGCACAAAAUACUAAAGUAGUUUAUUUUGGGCUUGAAGUGAAUCUGGGCACCUUGCUCCUGCAGAACUUCCUUGUAAGACUGCCAGAGCAAGGAGCCCAGGACUGGGCCAUGUGUUUUAUCACAAAGCAUUAGGAAAUGGUGCUUUAGUGAAAUAAAAUUUAAAAUCAGUCACUUUUUCAGCUGUGAAACUGUGUUAGAUGUAAUGACAGAACAGGCUGCUGCAUAUUAGUUUUACUUAGAAUUACAUUCAUUGCUUUCCUAAACAUAGCAGAAGUACCUGUACUGAUUUUAUAUAUACAUACUUCUUUGUCUGAAAGGGUGCAUUAGUAGUUUUUUCAUAGUUGAAACAGACUUCCAGUAUAAUUUGAAUUUUUUUUAAAAAAGGCUUUUAAACAAAAGCAAAAUGGUAGGUGAUUUGGCAUCUUGUGGAAAAGAUAUAAGCCUGCAUAUUGAGGACAAUAGAGAAAUUACCAGGUUUAUAAGAAUUUUGUAUGUGAUGACCCUGCUGUUGGUGGUUUGGCGAGUUGUUUGUGGGUUUUUAUGCCAACUUUCCUUUUUCUGUAAAGUAUUAAAUGCCCUUUAGUGGUCAGUAGCCCAUGUUUGUUGACAAUUUGAAGGUAUUGUCUUUGCUUUGUCAUUAUAUAACUGGCAUGUUCAAAUGUCUGUUCUUAAUAGUAAUUAUGAAUUCCUCCUGUUUUGCAUGUCUGUACAGGUUGCAGACCUGGGCUGGACCCAUUCAAAAAACAAAUAUCAGAAAAGCCACUUGAAAUUACUAUUUUUGUUGAUGUCUUUGACAUCUCGAAAAUACUUCAAGUUAAUGAAAAUGGUGUGGUAUUACAGAAAGAAUUGUGACUUGCUGCUUCUAGGAUUUUUUUUAACUUCUUUCACUUGUUUUAGUUUUACUUGAAUGGAAGAACCACACUUGUUUUUUAAAAACACUAUAUAGCUGUGGAUGUUGUUGCAGAUUGUUGAAUCCCAAUUUAAUUUUGCAAUACAUGUUUCAUACAAAUAAUGAAUUUGCAUCUUUUUAUUUUGUGCUGGAAGUUGUCUCAGUUUAGGUAAGGCUCUGUCUGUCCAAAAUGAUGUGUAGCUCACCACCCCUGCAGCUGGUGUUGGUGCAGGGUUCUUUGUUCAGUUUUACCUUUUUUUCACAUCUGUGUUAAUGAAGGGAAGCCAACUGGAAACUGGCUAUAGAAGUUCUCUAUUUGCAUACACUAACCAAACCCAUAGGUGCUCUUCUCUUUGAGAAAUUCUGAUUUCACUUUAUGCUGAUACAACACUCACUGCAUCAGAAUUGCUCUGGAUUCACAACAGCAUAUGGAAUCAGAGUUAGGCUGUAUGUAUAUCAGAUUAUUUAUUCCUAUGAUUCAGUAUGAAAGGUUCUCAUAAGGAGAGGAAUGUUUAGUAGCAGCCCAGUUAAACACUUAAUAAUUUUACUUUGAAAUAGUCAUUAUUAACAAAGUAGUCUUUUCAGCUCUCCAAAAGUACAGUAAUCUUGUCUACAGUUUGUUUCAUUCUUGACAUUUCAAUAUUUUUGUUCCUUGCUAGCUUAAACGUUUCCUCUUCCUACUCUUUUGUAGCAUACAGACUUGUUGAACCCACACUCAGGAAAAAUCACUGUUCUUCAUUUGCCAUACAGUGUUCUGGACAUGUGAGCUUUAUGGGAUAGACUCUGCAAAGUCUGAGGUCUUGCUGUGUUAGGGCUCCUGACUCAAAGCCAAAGGUGAAUCCCUCUGUCCCUUCUCUUCUCUCUCCAACACCCCUCUGGGACAUGCCCAGAGCAUAAGAACAUCAUAAAAUAUUUGUAAGAGAAGAUCAAUUGAAGCAAUGUUCUGCCUGUACUUUGAAGUUAGUGUCCCCACUGCUUUGUGUAUGUGUGUUUUAAGUGUCCUUACUGUCACUUCUGUAUGUGAUGCAAUAUUCCUGCAGCAGAAGGAAGGCAAAAAAUACACUACUCUGUCUUGAUCUUUUUGAAAUUCUGAGGCCUGAUUCCCAGUAGUUCUUAUACUGCUUCAGGGGCCUUUCAGUUCAGUGUAACUGCAUACAUUUUGUUAGGCUCCUGUUCCAGUUAUAAAAUUAAUCACAACUAAACCUGACUUAAUUGUAUUGCUGAAGUUACUGAAAGUCUAAUUCAGGCAGAAGCUGUUUUUUGAAAGAAUCUUUAUGUCUGUUGUAGUUUAGUUAAUUCUUGUGAGCCAAAAUAUGGAUAUUCAUAGUUGGAAUCUCAUUCUGCCUUGUUUCUUUAACUAUUUUUAAUCUAUUUUCAGGCUUUAUUAAUAAUUUUCUAUAUCCUAAAUUAUCAACUGCCCCAGGCUGUCCAAAAUUGUCUUACUGUUUCAUUUGGGGCUGGGGAAAGAAAAGGAAUAGAUUAAUCUUCUUGUCUUAUAGCAGCUGUGGUCCAAAUUCUCCAUUUCUCAUGUGAAGAUAAACGUGUAAUUCAUUAUCUGGGAGUAUCAUCCUUUCUCUUUGCACCUCCUAAAGUUUUAACUGUGAAUAUCCACUACACUAUGAAAAUCUACUUGCCUGGUGGAGAAAAGGGCUUUAAAUAUAUAUGGCUGCAGUCUGAAGUGCUGGAUUCUUGGGUUUGAAAUUUUGUAAGUAUUGUUGUCAUUGUAAAUGGCAACACAUCUGCAGAAUUUUCACAGAACCACUCAGGUUGUCAUUUAGCCCAGACACCCUGUUCAAAGCAGGGUCAGCAACAGAACAGGAUGCCCAGGACAUUGCCUAGCUGGGUUUAGAGUCUGUCUGAGAAAGAGGGACCCACAGUCAAUUUUUUUUUUUCAUAAUGUUUAUAUGAAAUAUCUUCUAUUUCAUUGCCUGUUGUCCUUUCAGUGGGCACUGAGAAAAGCCUUGCCUGUCUUUAUUCCUCCCUAUCAAGUAUUUAUGCACACUGACCAGAUGCCCCCUGGGCUUUCUCUUUGACCAGGACACCAAUCCCAGCCCUCUCAGCCUCCUCUCCUUUUGUAGCCCUUCAUGGAUCCAUUCCAGCACAUCCAGGUCAGGUUUGUGCUGGGAGCCCCAGUGCUCCAGGUGUGGCCUCACCAGUGCUGAGUGAGGGCCGGGGGAAGGCUCACCUCCCUUGACCUGCUCCUCCUGAGCCAGCCCAGCAUCCUGUUGGCAUUUUGGGUAAAAACAGAGCCCAGGAGGGCGUCAGCUCUCCAUGCUUCUGUGUAACUUCAUUGAAGCUGGGAGCAGUUGCCUGUCUGCAUCAAAGGGAAAGUAAAAAACCCCCACCAGUGCUUCAAUUAUCUUUUAAAAAUGAGACAAUUACAUUUGAAAUAACCACUACUGGGGCAGGGGGGGAUGUUGCCAUGUGUGUGUCAUUCUGUGAUAAAGGUCUGUGGUAAAGUAGGUAGAAAGCAAGACAUUUUUAGUAUUAAUGGGCCAAAAAGUAUUUAAGAUGCAGCAAGAUGCAUGUGUUGUCAUACUGAGAAUAGUCUUGCAGUACUUUAAAUAAAAAAAACCCACAACCCCUUUUUUAACCCUUCUGCUGUGCUACUCAAAUAACAAAAGUUUGGCCUAUGAUACUUAUUGUAGUUCAUGUUCAUGGGAAACUGUAAAAAGUCUGCUUUUUAUUUAUCUUCGCGGUCUGUAUCAUGCUGUUUAUUAAAAAAACCUACUUUUGUUUGGUUUUUAUCACACUUUUGAGUGUUAAUGUAUAUACUAACAACUAAAUUAAAAUGAUAUGGUUGGUA